AUGGAGCACCACGACGACUUCGACAGCGUCUCCUGGAAGCACGAUCCAGAAAGCGAUGCCUCUCGACCGACGACCUCCGGCACAGAUGCGGAAGAGCCAUCGUCAUUUGACCAUGAUGCCAAUGGCAAGCGAAGGAUGAGCUCUGCUCACGAAGAACCCCAGGCCGGCUCGCUGGCCGACGCCGUGGACCUGGCUGGUAUCGGAGACGGUGUGCUGGAGUGUCGUGUCGACACACCGCUGAAAGAAAACGAUGGCACGAAAGACACAUAUAUCUCAUAUCUCGUGACAACACAUACCGAUUUUAAGUCAUUCCAGAGGCCUGAUUUCAGUGUACGGCGACGAUUUACCGAUUUCUAUUUCCUGUACAAGACGCUCUACCGCGAAUACCCAGCAUGCGCGGUCCCGCCACUGCCGGACAAACACAAGAUGGAGUACGUCCGAGGAGACCGGUUCGGCCCGGAGUUCACAACACGACGCGCCUGGUCGCUGCACCGUUUCCUCAAGCGCCUGACACUGCACCCCGUGCUCCGCCGAGCCCCCCUUCUCAUCAUCUUCCUGGAAUCGCCUGACUGGAAUGCCCAUGUACGACUGCAUAGCACGCGCACUACUACAAACACCAAUACUGAUGCUGCGGGCACUGGGAUAUUCGAUAACUUCACCGACAGCUUCGUCAACGCCUUUACCAAGGUACACAAGCCAGACCGACGUUUCAUUGAGGUCAAGGAGAAGGCCGAUAAGUUGGAUGAAGACCUUUCACAUGUCGAAAAGACCGUGGCGCGGGUCGCGCGGCGAGAAUCCGAUUUGGAGACCGACUACACAGAGUUAGCGACGCAGUUCCGCAAGCUCGUUCCUCUUGAGCCAGCAGUAGAAAUGCCAUUGCAGGUAUUCGCGGCAUCCGUCGAAGAGACCGCGCGUGGAGUGCGGGGAUUGAAGGAUCACACCGAUCAGAAUUAUCUGGGGUCGCUGCGCGACAUGGAAGCCUACAUCUUGUCUGUCAAAGCCCUUCUCAAAACACGAGAGCAGAAGCAGCUUGACUUCGAAGCUCUGGUGGACUAUCGCAAUAAAGCAGUGGCCGAGCGUGACACCCUCGCCGCUAAUCCAGCAGCUUACUACGCAUCCAAUCCUCUCACCUCAUCUCCGGCCUCUUUCAUUCGCUCCAAAAUGGAGGAUAUGCGCGGCGUCGACCACGAGCAAUCCCGUCGCGAGCGGGUACGCAAGCUUGAGCUCCGGAUUGAUGAACUCACCCGUGAGGUUGAAUCGGCAAAGACUACGUCGGAAAUGUUCGAUGAAGAAGUAGUGCGCGAGGUCGCUGAUUUUGAGCGCAUCAAGGCUGUGGAGUUCCGUGAUUCCCUUGGAAGUUUUGCCGAUUCGCAUAUCGAAUUCUACCAGGGUGUUCUUUCAACAUGGGAGCGCUUUAUUGCAGAGAUGGAGGGCGAUGCCGACUUUGAUCUGGAUGCCGAUCCAGUAUUGGGAGCCCACUAG